AGCUGGACGGGUUGCAGCUGGACGUCAGCACCAGCCGUCUGUGCCGCACAGGCGUGGCAUGUGUUGCAGGCAUGACGCAGACCUGGAUGAACCAGCGCUUCCUUCGCCUGGCACCGGCGGACUUCGACGAGGGCGUGCAUUUCGUGAGCAUGGGCAACGUCAGCCCGCUGGCAGAGGUGCAAAGCCUUUGGACCGCCAUGGCCAAGGGCCAGGAUCCCAGCCAGCUGGCGCCAGUGCUCAAGGACAAGCGGGCGCUCUUCAUCUUUGCCAACCCGAUUGACCAGCAGCAGGUGCAGGGCUUGAAGGACUUGGUUCAGGCCAUGGACUCCUCAGACUCUCCGCCCAUGAUUUGGGCGCCGCACACUGUGACACCGGAGAUUCGGCCCCACAACGCAGUGGUGGAGUCGGGGAGCCUCGUCAGCUCCUUGAUGGAGCUGGGGCUGGAUGGCAUUGUGAGCGGCGAGCCACAGGGCCAGUUGCUGGCGCUGACGCUGCGCAUGUGGGUUCACAAGCUGGAGAUGGCAGCUGAAACCGUGUCGGAUGUCAUGUACGAACGCAAACGACGUGCGCACAACGUGGAGUACUACAAGGCACACACUGAGAGCCUGCUGUGGGACUACCUGCGACACCGGAUUGCUCCUAUCAUUCCGCCCUGCGACUCCCAUCUACCGUCAGGCGUCCUGGAUUGCAUCGAUGGCUGGUCCUUCGGCAGCUGCCGGCGGACGGCGAACGGUGCCGUUUAUCGGCUGAAUCGUCGCCGAGACAACGCACUGGUGAGCGGCACCCGCGAGAGUGCCUUCCUGGUGGACAAAGAGAACAUCCGGGAUGUGACGGGCAUGAUGGUGCUGAAGCGAAUGGUGGAUGCGCUGUGGAUGGUGAGCUGCGACAAGUGGCAGCAUCCCAACAUCCAGAGGCUUUUCCAGAUCUACCACUCUCCGAGCUACAUCAUCAUGCGCAUGGAGUAUGCGGGCGCCAGCAGUUUGCACGAGCGCCUGGUGCGCAGGAGUCGAAGGCCUCUGUCCUUUCUCAAGACGUCCCAAAUUCUUCAGCAGAUCUUCCGUGGAGUGUCGCACCUGCACUUGGGCCCUCGCGUGUGCCACCGUGACAUCAAACCUGAGAACUUCGACCUCCAUGAGACCGCGGACCUGCUGACUCUGAAGCUCACGGGAUUUCAUUUGGCCUUUGUACUGGAGGAGGGUGAGUGCCAGCAGCGCUGCGGCACCGUUCCCUUCGUAGCCCCAGAAGUUCUCAAGAACGAGAGGUACCACCCCCUGCCGGUGGACAUAUGGGGUGUUGGUAUCACUGUGCUGGAGAUCUUGUGCGGGUCCAGAUGUGUCGAUGAGGCGAUGGGCCUGUCCGAAGAGGGGAGCAAAGCCUACCGAAGACCUGAUGAUGCCAUGCUGAAGAGCAGCGUGGAAGUCUUCGGCGAGCCGGGCUCCGCUGGGCAGAUGCUGCAAGCUCGAUGCCUGGCAGAGCUGCAGGGUUUUACUGCUUUGACGCCACUGGUGAACAGCUUGCUGACCAUGGAGCCGGAGGGCCGCGCCACCGCGGCGGACCUGGCGCUGGCGGCGGAGAACCUGCCCAAAGGAACGCCUACGGCACCUCCGCUGUCGCCUUUGCCCCAGCUCCCGACCGAUCAAGAGGAUUCGCAGUCGGUGCAGUGGCUGGAUGAGACCCAUGGGAACAUCUCGGAGGCGGAAGUCCUGGAGGAACCCGAGGCGGAGGCUUCACGGCUGCUGCAGCGGAACGAGUCGGCCAAGACGGCCGGCACACUGCAAGGCCCCGGGCUCCCGCACUGAAGGCAGGGGUCCGAAAACCUCAAAACCGCCAAUGCGAAUCGUUUUCCUCGUCAGCCCAUGGACU